AUUAUAUUUUGUAUAUGAAAAAUAUUGAAGAACAAAGCAUAUAGCGAUGGAGAGAGGCUGAACAUGAAGGCUAUUGGUGAUGUCCACCUUGAUGGAUAGGAAUGAUGUGCUAAUUAGAAAGGAGCUUUAAAAUAUUAGUUGGUAAACAAGGAUCAGUCUUGGGCUAACAUUACCACAGGUCUAAACCACAUUAAAAAGAAAUGACCAGUCUACUGCCAGAGGAUACUGUGGAGUCCCAGGGCUCAGAUGAGCUGGAAUGCAAGAUCUGUUACAAUCGUUAUAACCUGAGACAGAGAAAACCUAAAGUACUGGAGUGUUGCCACAGAGUAUGUGCCAAAUGCCUUUGCAAGAUCAUAGACUUUGGGGACUCUCCUCAGGGAGUCAUUGUUUGCCCAUUCUGUAGAUUUGAGACGUGCCUGCCUGAUGAUGAGGUCAGUAGUCUUCCUGAUGACAACAAUAUCCUUGUAAAUUUGGCUUAUGGUGGAAAGGUGAAGAAGUGCCUACCAGACAAUCCUACAGAACUCUUACUGACUCCGAAAAGGCUGGCCUCCCUCGUUAGCCCUUCUCACACUUCAUCCAACUGUCUGGUUAUUACCAUUAUGGAAGUGCAGAGAGAGAGUGCCCCAACCCUGAACUCAACCCCUGUGGUGGAAUUCUACAGGCCCACAAGCUUUGACUCUGUUGCAUCUGUGCCCCACAACUGGACGGUGUGGAACUGUACAUCCUUGCUCUUCCAGACUUCGAUUCGAGUCCUAGUUUGGUUGCUAGGCCUGUUGUAUUUUAGUUCUUUGCCUUUAGGGAUCUACUUACUGGUAUCAAAGAAAGUCACUCUUGGGGUAGUCUUUGUCAGCCUUGUUCCCUCGAGUCUUGUUAUUCUCAUGGUUUAUGGUUUUUGCCAGUGUAUAUGUCACGAGUUUCUGGAUUGUAUGGCUUCUUCUUAGCAGCAGUUGCAAUGAGAUAAACAAUCAAACAUGUGAAAUGGCCAUAGAUGUAGCAUAGUUAACUUAUACUUCUCUUUUAUAUUCUUAUUUUAUUACUUUAUCCAUCAAAUUGAAACACUGA